UCAGGAAACAAGAAGAAGACAGAAGAAAGGAGAGAAGUGAAGCUGUCCGAGAGGAGAGCUGGUGAUGGAUCUUGAAUCAGGACCAGGAGAUUUUGGCCCCACGCAACCCAAGCGCACAACCUUGGAGGAGAUUGAAGGGGUCCUUUUCCCCAGUAUAUUAUGCAAGCACUGGAGUACCAUACAGGGCUUUAAAGCCCGCCCUGACGACCUCCUCAUCUGCACUUACCCCAAAGCAGGGACCACCUGGAUCCAGCAAAUAGUGAGCAUGGUUCAGCAUAGAGGUGACCUGGAGAAAUGUAAUCAGAAACCCAUCUAUGAGCGGAUGCCCUUCAUAGAGAUGCCCCCUAUGAAACCUUUUAUUUCUGGUGUUGAACAGGCAGAGCUAAUGCCCUCUCCACGUAUACUCAAAAGUCACCUCCCGGUUCAGCUCCUUCCCCCUUCUUUUUGGGAACAGAAAUGCAAGGUCAUUUAUGUGGCCAGAAAUGCCAAGGACAAUGUGGUCUCCUAUUUCCAUUUCCACCACAUGAGCAAGAUAAUGGCAGAGACUGGAACCUGGAAUGAGUUUUUGGAGAAUUUCGUUGCUGGGAAGGUUGGCUGGGGCUCUUGGUCUGACCAUGUCCGUGGUUGGUGGGAGGCCAAGGACCGUCACCCAAUCCUCUACCUCUUUUAUGAAGAUAUGAAAGAGGACCCAGCCCGGGAAAUCCGAAAAGUGGUCAAAUUUAUGGGCCUAGAACUCCCAGAAUCUGUUCUGAACCAGAUUGUGCAGCACACGAAGUUUGAGAGCAUGAAAGCAAACCCGAUGGCUAAUUACAGCACCAUGCCCUCCUUCCUCAUGGACCAAACUGUGUCACCCUUCAUGAGAAAAGGCACUGUCGGAAACUGGAAGAAGCACUUCACAGUGGCUCAGAGUGAAUGGCUAGAUGACGCCUGCGCUCAGUUACUGAAGGGCAGCGGCCUGAACUUUCGCACAGAGCUAUAAACGCACCUCUAUGCCCCACAUCAUGACUUUCACAACAGCAGGCCUGGAGUGCUGACUUGACCUGCAUUCAGUACAAUACAGGACUGAAGCCACAAGCAAGGCCCACCCAAAAUGAAUUUUGUGGGCAUGGUUCCUAUUCUAUUUUAGAAUAUGUGGCUGUCCUUUGUUUGCUUUUGCAAAGUAAAUAAA